AGAUGUUAAUUAUCAAACCUUUUAGAUGGUGCCUCACCGAUUUCUCUGAUACUCUAAUCCGGCUUUCAGAAUGGCUAAGGCAGCUUUAAGUGGAUGUUAGUUUUUUUUUCCUCAGUUCUCCUUGUGUUUUCCACUCUGAAAGAAUGUUGUGGCUGCUCUUUUUCCUAGUGACGGUUAUCCGUGCUGAACUCUGUCAGCCAGAUGCAGAAAAUGCCUUUAAAGUGAGACUCAGUAUUAGAACAGCUCUUGGAGAUAAAGCAUAUGUCUGGGAUACAAAUGAAGAAUAUCUCUUCAGAGCAAUGGUGGCUUUCUCCAUGAGGAAAGUUCCCAACAGAGAAACAACAGAAAUUUCCCAUGUUCUACUUUGCAAUGUAACCCAGAGGGUGUCAUUCUGGUUUGUGGUUACAGACCCGUCCAAAAAUCAUACUCUUCCGGCUAAUGAAGUACAAUCGGCCAUAAGAAUGAACAGGAACCGGAUCAACAAUGUCUUCUUUUUGAAUGACCAGACUCUGGAAUUCUUAAAAAUUCCUUCCACUCUUGCACCACCCAUGGACCCAUCUGUGCCCAUCUGGAUUAUUAUAUUUGGUGUAAUAUUUUGCAUUGUUAUAGUUGCAACUACACUACUGAUUUUAUCGGGGAUCCGGCAACGUAGAAGGGAGAACAAAGGAUCAUCUGAAGUGGAUGACAUAGAGGACAAGUUGGAAAACAUGGACACAAUCACCAACAGCACCCGUUGUGAUUCCCUGGACAUGAAAGGAGGGCACAUUAAUGACGUCUUCAUGACAGAGGAUGAGCGGCUCACCCCUCUCUGAGCGACUGCUGUUUGCUUCUUCAGGAAACCUAACACUUGUUUCUGUGUGACUACUAAGCACUCCAAAAUAUCAAGGGCGGAUUAUAUAUUUUAUUUCACCAUUCUUGUUUUCGAAGCAGUGUCGACUGUUCUUGAAAGUGAUAAGCAAUCAAUUAUACCCAUAAAGACCACUGAAAUUGUAAGCUAUUGACUAUUCAGAAUAUUUGAAAGUAGUUUUCUUAUUAUACAAUAUGUAAAUGUAGUCAUGUGGUGCUUAUAGUUAUUGACUUAAGCAUUUCUAGACACAAAGCCAGAUAUAUAUAUAUUAUAUAUAUAUAAUAUAUGUAAUAUACAUAAUAUAUAUAUGAAUCACACUUUGAAAAUGUAAAGCAAAUAAUUUUCCCAGUAGAGAACAACUAUAACAUGGUACAGAAGUCAUUGAAAAUGGGUCCUUUUUGAAUCUUGUUAAUAUUGCUCUCUAUAUGACUAGGUAAGCAAAAGUAAACAAUUUUAAAUGAGAUAGAUAAAAAUGGGAAUGUUGCUUUACGAUGUGGAACUUUUUCUUUUAGUAUGUCAACAAUUUCUAGUAUAUUUUUUGAAUAGCAGUCUCUAAUAGGGUAGUUCUAUUUGUUUCUGCAAUUUGUGCAAGUUCAAUUUAUGCUAACUUAAUAAAGCAGUAAUCACUUCUUUCUGA